AUGCCGCCUACGCCGCCAGCGAACCGGCCACGUGGAAGAGCUCUAGUGAAUGGUCAACAACGAACGGCUGCCGAUGGCCUAGCCAGUACCGGGACUCAUCACAGGAGCUCCGGGCUACUAUCAUUGCGGCCUCCACCGUUGAAGCUGCGGAAGAAGAGGCCGACCUCUGAUCAGCCACCUGCCGUACCAUCCAUUACCCCAGCUCUUGCACGUCCCGAAGCGAAAGCGGACCUGGAGUGCAUAUCCCAGACGUCUGAAGACGCUCCAAUCCCAUCCAUUCGAUUGGAACCUCCCUCGUACCCGCCUCCACCCCCUCCCUUUGCUUGGACUUCGACGUCAGCGGUCGACGAGUCCACCAGUCAGGAAAGCCAAGGUCGCGAGACCCGAGAACAAAGACCACCAGGGCCGGUCCGUCGCACACCAACUUCAAGCAAGAGGUCCUCCAUCUACCGGAGCAGUCAAUUCCUGGAUGGCGAGGGCCAAGUGGACCGCAAAAAGCUCUCCAUCUACCUCAGCGGCGUGCUCGACACGACCUUCAACGUGGACGACGAGUCCGCCGUCCAAACACCGCUACCGUGGGAUCACGCGCAACGAGUGUCCCAGGCGUCGAACGAAUGGCGCAACUCCAUCCGGGCAGAUGCAUUCUCCAACGGCAGUGUCAUGAAGUGUCAAUGUGCUCCGGGAACGGUCAUCUGCCAAUGCUACUCGUCUUCCGAGUUCGAGCACUUCCGCCGCGGCCAGGGUGAACACAAACAGAACGCCAGCAUCAGCUCGACGACAUGCUUCCUGUCGAUCCCGCGAGCCCGGUUCCGGUCCAACCUGGGCGACGUCGAGGAGGUCGACACCCCGGUCUCGCCGCCGCCGUUGAUGUACGACUCCGAGGACAGCAGCAGCGGCGACGACUUCGACUGGUCUCUUCCCAAUUCGCCCACGUUCCACGACCGACAGAUGCACUACCAGCAAACGCCGACCCCGGCUCCGCGGCAGCCACCCACCCAACGGGCCCCCGUCCCCUCGUUCUCUCUGCCCUUCUCUCGCGGCAGGCAGAUCCGGCCCAGAUUCCAAGCCGACCGGACCUCCAUGCCGUGGGAACAGCCAUCGCCCACGUCGACGGUCCCGACGCUGGCCAGCAUCUCGACCGUCUCCACCUUCUCGUUCAACUUUCGAGACGACGACGACGAAGCCGAAACCGAGUACGAUCCCUUCGACGACGGCAGCGACGUGAGCGAGAUCCGAACGUUCGAGCCGAUCCAGACGGCAAAGCCCGUCUUGGUCCAUUGCAAGGGCCCGUCGCCCCAGUCUAUCAAAUAUGGACUGCAUCAUCGCUACGAUACCCGCACUGGAGCGUCCUACUCGUCCACCGACACCUUCGGGUAUGGCUAUGGGUAUGCCACUGUCUCUGUAUCAUAA